AUGAAAUUCAUCAGUUUUAUUUGUCAACAAAAGGAACAACCCUCGUCUCCUGGUCGGACGCCUAUAUUGAGACGGUUUCCUCGGUUCCCACCACACAUUCGAUCACAUUGAGGUCAACAUUUCAAGAAAGAAGAAGUCAAUCAACUUUUGCAAUAAUUGGCAGACAAUUCCACCACUCAAUUUCAACUUCAAUUCAAAACCUGCAAUUUUCAAAAGAUCUGUAAAAUUUGGAGAUCUACGAUUGCCGAUAAAAUACGACCCGAAAACCGGCAACACGUGCUCCACGGACAACUAUGAGGACUGCUUACAACCCUGUCUUGAUGUUAUCGCCACGAUUCAGUUGCCGUGGUGGAAUUGCAGUGGCCAAUUUGAACGAAUGUUCAUUGAAAGUGAGACAACACACUGAUCAUCGAAUUUUCAACAAGAACCUCGUGGUGAAAUUGUAUGGAGAUGUACAGAGAUUGGGGACGAAUAACGGGAAUCUGCAAUCUUUUUUGCCCUGA